AUGGCUCCCAAAAAGAAGGCAAAGAAGGGGGCCAAGGAGCCCGAGGCCAAGAAGAAAGGUGCCAAGAAGGAGCCCAACGUGGCCAUGGAUAUGGUUUUGGCCGAGGAGCUACGGGAGUUCUACCACAUCCAGAUCCGAGACCUGGAGGACAGGCUGGCCCGGUACCAGCACAAGUGGGAUGAGCUGGCCGUGCAGGAGAAGCUGUUCCGCCAGGAGUAUGAGCAGCUGGCCAGCAAUAAGAAGGAGAUUGUGGCCUUCCUCAAGCGGACGCUCAACCAGCGGGUGGAUGAGAUCGCCGACCUCAACGAGCAGCUGCAAAGCCUGCAGCUGGCCAAGGAGAUGGAGAAGGACGCCUUUGAAGCCCAGUUAGCCCAGGUGCGCCAUGAGUUCCAGGAGACCAAGGACCAGCUCACCACGGAGAACAUCAUCAUUGGGGGGAAGCUGGCAGCCCUGGAGGAGUUCCGGCAGCAGAAAGAGGAUCUUUCGGAGAAGUUCACGUUGCUGGAGGACCAGCUGCAGAAGCAGGAGUACGAGUACAAGGACUACAUGUACAACCUGGAGAAGAAGUCGGUGCUGGACAGGGACAGAGUGAAGAAGGAAAUCAUUCAGCGUGUGAACCAGGUGGCCACUGACUUCCACAAGAUGGCCACGAGCCAGAUGUGGGACACAACGAAGCAGGCCAUCCUGGAGAACAACACUGUGACCCUGCAGCUGUCCCGGGUCUCCCAGCAUGGCGUGCAGCUGCUGCGGGAGAACGACCAGCUCAAGAGCAACCAAGACAAGCUGUGCAAAGAGCUGGAGCUGCUGCAGAACGCCAAGCAGGCCAUGGCCAAGCACAGCAGAAACCACCGUAAGAUCAUCCUCAUGCUGACGGAGAAGUGCCACAAGCAGCAGGAGGGCAGAGAGGAGGCUGAUCAGCUGCGCUUCCUGCUGGGCGAACUGGAGCAGAAAGUCCUGCAGCUGCAGAAGGAGAAGGAGGCGCUGAGGAGCCAGAAAGUCCAGCUGAACCAGCAGCUGGCGCAUCAGCACAGGGAGGCGAAGCGGCUGCAGCAGGAGCUGGCCAAAGAGCAGAAGAUGCGGGCGAGCCUGGCGACGACCCUGACCCACACCACCAACUUCCUACAGAACAUUCUGCAGGUGAACAAGUGGGAAGAGGACGGCAACUACGAGAUAGUGUUCCAGUUGCACUGCAAGGAGAUUCUGCGGCAGCUGCUGGCCAUGCUCAGCUCAGGCGUGGUCCUAAGCCCCCCGAUGAUUGUGGGUCCCCACCAACAACAUAGCCACCCAGACAGGUGAGUGAUGACACCACCCCCUCCCCGCAGCCAGUCCAGCAUCUCGCUACCUAAGACUGGGUCAAUGCUCCAACGGCUGUCCGACCUCCAGACCUCCCAGCUGGCAGACCUGGGCCUGGUGCCUCGACAGGUCCGCAUCUCACCCAACCCUGAGGACCUCAGGCUGCUCUCACACUUCACUCGGAUGAGAUCAUUCCAGACACUCAGCAGCACUGAGGUGAGAACCUCGGAGUCUUCCAAAAAGAUAAAAAAGCUUAGUCUUCCUGAAGUUUCCCUGUUUUCCAAGUAA